AUGUUCACCAUCAAACCAACACUCUCGUCCUUGCUGGCCCUCGGGGCUGUCCACGGUGCCUCGGCCCUGGACGCAGCAGGAUGGAGAAAUCAGAGCAUCUACCAAGUCAUCACAGAUCGCUUCGCUAGGGCGGACGGCACAGCACCACUCUGCGAUGCGUCCCUAGGUACUGCUUGCGGUGGUACAUGGAAAGGCAUCACCAACCAACUCGACUACAUCCAGAACUUGGGAGCAACCGCGGUAUGGAUCUCGCCUAUUGUCAAGAAUGUGGAGGGCACGUUUGGCUUGUCUGGCGACGCUUACCAUGGUUUCUGGGCUGAGGAUAUUUACUCCAUCAACGAGCACUUUGGUACUGAAGCCGACCUGAAGGAGCUCGCCGACUCCCUACAUGCUCGGGGCAUGUACCUUAUGGUCGACAUCGCCCCGAACCACGUGGGCUUGACCACGUCUGCCGGCAACUAUUCCAACUUCACUCCUUUUAACAAGGCCGAGUACUUCCACGACAAGUGCAGCAUCCAAUGGAACAACCGCAAGUCCGAGCAGCUCUGCUGGCUCGAGGGCCUGCCUGAUCUGCGCACUGAAGAUGCCAACGUCCGCAAGAUCUAUGCCGAGUGGAUCAAGGACCUCGUUGCCAACUAUUCCAUCGACGGCCUCCGCAUUGACACAGCGCUUGAAAUUGAGCCUGAAUUCUGGACCGACGGCGGCGUCAAGGAGGCGGCCGGCGUAUUCCUCUUGGCCGAAAUCAACCACAGCGCUCCUGAGACCCUCGCCCCUUACCAACAAUAUCUUGACGGGUACAUGGACUAUAGCAGCUGGAACUGGUACACAGACGCCUUUGAGGCAACCAAUGCCGAUUUCUCGACGCUUUUCGAGGGCACCAACAAGCUCGCGACGAUGACCGACAUCGACCCCUCCCUCUUCGGCUCGUUCCUCGAGAACCACGACCAGGUGCGCUUCCCCUACCGCAACGGGGACGUGGCGCUGGCCAAGAACGCCAUCACCAUUUCUAUGCUACGUGACGGUAUUCCUAUUGUCUAUUACGGACAGGAGCAGCACUACGCCGGUGGCAACGUGCCCACCAACCGCGAGGCGCUCUGGCUGGGCGUCGGUUACGACAUCUACUCUGAGCUGUACGGCUGGAUACAGCAGACCAACAAGAUCCGCGCACACGCCGCACAAGCCAAUGCCAAUUUCCUGACGGAGGAGCGGACCACGGCGAUCUUCUACGAUGCGGACAGCACUGGCAACAGCAGCAGCGUGAUCGCCUUUCGCAAGGGCCAGAUGGUUUCCAUGUACACCAACGGGGGCGCCGACGCCGCCACCAACGUCUCUUACGCGCUGGGCUCGGCCGUCACGGACUACGAGGUCGGCGCGGAGCUGGUCGACGUGCUCAACUGCGAGUCGUUCACGAUCGACAGCGACGGGCGCCUCAACGUGCAGAUGCCGGCGGGCGGCCUGCCGCGGGUGUUCCUGCCCGUGGCGCAGGCCGAUGGCCUCUGCAACAACGUCGGCACGCCUGUGUCUGACGCUGCCGAGAAGGUUUCCGUGGACAAAAACAUGGGAAGCAACAAGCGUUCGGUGCCUUUUGUGACGACGAGGACUGUCCUGGGAAACUGA